AAUGGAAUUUGCAAACAAGAACGGUAAUGGCCAUGUCUCAAUCUGCCACGAAGACCCUUUGAAUUGGGGAAUGGCAGCGGAGUCUCUCAAGGGAAGCCACCUCGAUGAAGUGAAGCGGAUGGUGGCUGAGUACCGUAAGCCAAUCGUUAGACUCGGUGGUGAGACACUCACCAUCGCUCAGGUGGCGGCGAUUGCCGCACAGGAUGCUUCCGGUGGUGGCGUAACGGUGAAGAUCUCGGAGUUGGUGAGGGCUGGAGUUAAUGCGAGCAGCGAUUGGGUUAGGGAGAGCAUGAACAAAGGGACAGAUAGCUAUGGUGUUACUACUGGGUUUGGUGCAACUUCACAUAGGAGGACCAAACAAGGAGGUGCCCUUCAGAAAGAGCUCAUCAGGUCUGAAAAUAAUUUGGAUUUAGAUCCUCUAUAAUUUUAAUUAUAUAAUUUUUUCUGUGCACAAUACACUUCUAUAGUCGUAGAAACUUGAACUUGAGGCAUUUGAUACGUGAAAAUGAAUUUAAAUUUCAAAGAUCUUCUAUAACCAUUAGCUUUUGAAAAUGUACAAUAGCUUUUGAAAAUGUACAAGUAUCAUGUACAGAGAGAGAAUUACACUAAAUUAAUACGAUUAAGAAUUAGAGAAGAUCAAGAUAAUUCGAAACCCUUUUAUAUUUUUCUAAUCAUUUCAAGCAUCUAAAACUUUGGAAGGAAAAAAAGUUUAAUCUUCUAAGGUUAUACAUAAAAACGAUAUUUUUCAAACUUUUUUGGUAUUUAUUUUUAGUACUUUCCUUUUAGAGAAAAUGUAAAUCUAAUCUUCUUUAGUCUAUUAGCUGUGGUGGUAGGUAUUAUUAGAUGUGCCUGUGUAUCGACCUUGGAGGUGAAGUCUUUAUUAACUAAAAUGAAUUCUUUUUUAGCCACCUCAUUUGGUGGCGGUGGAUCUACGUCAUCCACCUACCACCCAUUACCACCCAUUAGAAGGGAUGGCCUUUAGGUGUGUGUAUAAAGAACGGAUCAGGGUACAUAUAAAUUCUCGUAGAUCAUUAUUCCUACUAUUUGAAAUCCACUUAGUUCAAACCCAAUGCUUAUCAGAGAGAUUUAACGAUUCCAAAUGUUAAAACUAGGAGGGUCUGAGAUUGUUCUCAUAGAUGAAUCUAAAUUGAUCUCGUGUUUGUACAUCAUAUAUGGGAAAAAAUCGACCUACUUGAGUUGUCAGUAAUAUUUCUUUAUAUGUAUUUUUUUUCUUAAAUAAAAUUAGGCAAAAGAUUUUGUCCCUGACCAUGUAUAAUAUGUAUUCAUGCACAAGAUCUUGAAAGGGAACAAAAGUCCCAAUCAAAAUGACAAAACAUCCCCAUUUAAUAAAUCCCUACCCUUCAAAUAUAUUAAGUUGGUAGUUUAAAUAUGACUAUUAUAAU